AUGAAGCUGCUCGUGCUGGCUGCCUUGCUCACAGUGGUCGCCGCAAAGCCCAGAGCGGACAUGAAGGCUCUGUGGCAGUUCCACAGCAUGAUCAAGUGUGUCCUCCCGAACAGUAAGCCCUUGCUGGAGUUCAACAACUACGGCUGCUACUGUGGCCUGGGUGGAUCCGGCACGCCCGUGGACGAGCUGGACCAGUGCUGCCAGACGCAUGACAAUUGCUACUCCCAAGCCCGGAAGAUAGGAAACUGCUGGUUCAUCCUCGACAACCCCUACACUGAGAGCUACUCCCACUCGUGUGCCAAUCUGGAGAUCACCUGUAGUAGCAAAAACAAUCCUUGUGAGGAUUUCAUCUGUAACUGUGACCGCACGGCCGCCAUGUGCUUUGCCAAGGCCCCUUACAACGAGGAACACAAGAGUCUGGACAAAAGGAAGUACUGUAAAGACACGCUGUGA